CGGCGGCGGCACGGAGACCGGAGGAGAUUCCCGAGCCAGCCGGGCGCUCGCCCUCCACCCGCGGGCGGCCGCGUCGCACGGCCAAGGUCACAGGCGCCGCAGGAGCAGCGGCGGCGAACCGGAGCAGCGGGGCCGUGCUGGCCACGGAAAGAAGGCCCCGGGGCGCGUUCGGCCCGCGUCGGCAGCGGCCGCAGAAGGAGGCGAGAGAAGGUCUCCGGGCCGGCGGGGCCCCCCGAGGUAGUCGCGGGCGCAGAGGCCCGGCAGCUGAAGGCCCCCGGGUCGGCGAGAGCGGAGCUCGGGCUCCAGCGUCGGCUCCCGGGCGCUGUCCGCCGCCUCGUGGUGCUGAACCCAGCCGCGGGCCAAGAGGCCUGCUCGCCCGCCUUCUCACCUACAGAUCGCCCGGACUGGCGGUGGCCACCGGCCAGAGCAAAAGGGGCCCCUGGGCAGCUGCCCACUGCACCCGAGGGGCUGAAACAGGAGAGCCAGCGAACCUCAGCCCGGCAGCCGGUCCUCAUGUGGAGAGGAGACGCGCGCAACCGCCGGCGGCGGCGCUGCUGCUGAUUCAUCCCCUAGAGCAUCUCGCAGGCCACCGCGAGGGCAGCCGACCAGCUCCGGACUCUGGCCGCAGGUUGCAGCCGCUGGUGCAGGAGCCUCGCGGGCAGCAGGUGAGGACCCGCUCUCCUUCCUCUUGCCCCCAGUCGUCCGUGGGCGGUGGCCCCAGGACUGAGAGAGGGGCGUGCCCCCGGCUUGCAAAGCAGUCAUGUCCGUGUGACGCGCCCGCCUCCCCCUCACUGGUGCUAGCCACGCUUGCUCGCCUCUGCCCGUCUCCGGGGCUUGGGCCGUUCCACCCUCCGCGCCGAGCCGCUCUCUCCGCCGGCGCAGCGAUGGAGGAGGAGCUGAAGUGCCCCGUGUGCGGCUCGCUGUUUCGGGAGCCCAUCAUCUUGCCAUGUUCCCACAACGUCUGCCUGCCUUGCGCCCGAACCAUCGCGGUGCAGACCCCGGACGGCGAGCAGCACCUGCCCCCGCCGCUCCUGCACUCCCGGGGCUCAGGGCUGCCCGCAGGCGCCGCCGCCGCCGCCGCCGCCGCCGCCGCGCCCCCUCCGGACCACGAGACGCCGGCUGGCCCGGCCUGCGGCGGCGGCGGCAGCGGGAGCGCGGCCGGCGGCGACCACGCGGACAAGCUGAGCUUGUUUAGUGAGACAGACAGCGGUUACGGCUCUUACACCCCGAGCCUCAAGUCCCCCAACGGGGUUCGCGUGCUGCCCACGGUGCCUGCGCCGCCCGGCUCCUCGGCCGCCGCCGCCCGGGGCGCCGCCUGCUGCUCGCUGCCCUCGGCCUCCUCGAGCUCCAUCACGUGCCCGCAGUGCCACCGCAGCGCCUCCCUGGACCACCGCGGCCUGCGCGGCUUCCGGCGCAACCGACUGCUAGAGGCCAUCGUGCAGCGCCAUCAGCAGGGCCGCGGGGCCGCGCACGGGGCGUCCACAGCCGCUGCCGUGGCCGUGUGCCAGUUGUGCGACCGCACCCCGCCCGAGCCGGCCGCCACGCUCUGCGAGCAGUGCGACGUGCUCUACUGCGCUGCCUGCCAGCUCAAGUGCCAUCCAUCCCGGGGACCCUUCGCCAAGCACCGCCUGGUGUCGCCGCCGCCACCGCCGCGCGCGCCCGCCGAGGCCGCCUCUGCGUCUCCAGGCGCCGCCCAGGGCGCCCCCAGCGCAGGCGGAAGCUGCAAGAGCCCGGGCGCCACCGGCGCCGGAGCGGCGGGGGGCGGCGCGGCCCGCAAGUACGCUACGUGCCCUGACCACGAAAUGGAGAACUACAGCAUGUAUUGCGUGAGCUGCCGAGCCCCGGUGUGCUAUCUGUGCCUGGAGGAGGGCCGGCACGGCAAGCACGAGGUGAAGCCGCUGGGGACCAUGUGGAAACAGCACAAGGCCCAACUGUCUCAGGCCUUAAAUGGAGUUUCUGAUAAGGCAAAAGAAGCCAAGGAGUUUCUAGUUCAGCUGAAGAACAUUCUACAGCAGAUCCAGGAGAACGGCCUGGACCACGAGGCCUGCCUGGUGGCUCAGUGUGACGCGCUGGUUGAUGCUCUAACCCGGCAGAAAGCCAAGCUGCUUACCAAGAUUACCAAAGAGAGGGAGAACAAGCUGAAGAUGGUUUGGGACCAGAUCAGUCACUGCACGCUGAAGCUGCGCCAGUCCACGGGGCUGAUGGAGUACUGCCUGGAGGUGAUCAAGGAGAACGACCCGUCCGGGUUUCUGCAGAUCUCGGACGCCCUGAUCAAGCGUGUCCAGGUGUCUCAAGAGCAGUGGGUCAAAGGUGCCCUGGAGCCGAAGGUGUCUGCAGAGUUUGAACUGACCUUGGACAGCGGGCCACUGCUGCAGGCCAUCCACCAGCUGGACUUCAUUCAGAUGAAAUGUAGGGUGCCACCCGUGCCCCUGCUGCAGCUGGAGAAGUGCUGCACCCGGAACAACAGCGUCACGCUGGCCUGGAGGACGCCGCCCUUCACCCACAGCACCGUGGACGGCUACAUCCUGGAGCUGGACGACGGAGACGGGGGCCAGUUCCGGGAGGUGUACGUCGGCAAGGAGACCUUGUGCACCAUCGACGGCCUUCACUUCAACAGCACCUACAAUGCCAGGGUCAAGGCUUUCAACUCCUCUGGCGUCGGGCCCUACAGUAAGACCGUCGUCCUGCAGACGUCCGACGUGGCCUGGUUCACGUUUGACCCCAACUCUGGGCACCGGGACAUCAUUUUAUCCAACGACAACCAGACUGCCACCUGCAGCAGCUACGAUGACCGGGUGGUGCUGGGCACGGCGGCCUUCUCCAAGGGCGUGCAUUACUGGGAGCUGCACGUGGACCGCUACGACAACCACCCAGACCCCGCCUUCGGGGUGGCCAGGGCCAGUGUGGGCAAGGACAUGAUGCUGGGCAAGGACGACAAGGCCUGGGCCAUGUACGUGGACAGCAACCGCAGCUGGUUCAUGCACUGCAGCUCCCACACCAACAGGACGGAAGGCGGCGUGUGCAAGGGGGCCACCGUGGGCGUGCUACUGGACCUGAACGAGCACACCCUGACCUUCUUCAUUAACGGGCAGCAGCAGGGCCCUACGGCCUUCAGCCACGUGGACGGGGUCUUCAUGCCGGCCCUCAGCCUCAACCGCAACGUGCAGGUCACCCUGCACACGGGAUUGGAAGUGCCAACCAAUCUGGGACGGCCAAAGCUGCCGGGCAACUAGCCUCCCAGGCCCUGCUCUGCACGGCUGUCCCUCACUGCACUCACAUAACCCCCAGGGCAGCACAGCCACAUCUUGGGUGCAGCCCAGCAGCCACGGAGCAUCUUAGAGACCCGCUUUCUUUGGGGGACGGAGAAUGAUCUGCAGGCUGUGCGCACGGAGGCCCCAGUCAGUGGUGAACAUGGGAGUGUGUUUCCCCUCGUUCCACCGGCCGUUACAAAUACGAAGAGGGACCUUUCUCAAGGGAGCAAGGAAGUGUUCGGGGUUUCAUUUUGUUUCCUGCCUUCCGAUUUAGAAGCUUGUCUUUUUGGGGGGCAAGAGGAGAGCAGGCUCUGAGACGUGAAUCCUGAGAGCAGGAGGCGGCGAUGGGGGGGGGGCGCUCGGGAAUCUUGUGGCCUCAGUGUCAAGUCUUCUUCAGAGAACCAAGGGUGCAGGUUCCCAUCUUUGCCAGGAAACGUUGUUAUCCUUUAGCUUUUCGGUUCUGGACUCUUCAGUACGUUAUGCCACUUGCAGACCUAAUCCAGGAUGGAUAGAGAGGGAUGUUAAUCAUUCAUCAUGAUCUUUGCCGCUCUCGUUGAACUGUUGAGAACUUUUUAAAAUAGUUUCCUUAGGGUCCUUCAUUAGUCCACCAACCUCUCUCUCUUACACACACACACACACACACACACACACCCAGUCUGCUACAAUUCACUCAGUUCUUAAACACAAAAGAAAACACUGGAAUCUGAAUCACUGUGUGAAGAGUCUCCACCUGGUGAUGGCUUUUUCGGGAGCUGGCUCCCCACGACGUUCGCUGCAAACCUGUUACUCUUCCGAGCUCGGAGGCUCUCAGACUCAUGAGCGUAUGAGAUGGGAGUCCCUGGGGAAGUCCCUUAUACUCAGUCCACCUUCACUUUGAGACCAUCUACUGUCAACGUGAAAGCAUCAUGAGAGCAAAAGGUGGCCCCGAUGGCAGGGGAGGCUCUGCCCUGACGGGGCGGGCAGGACUCUGCAGGAGGCAGGAAACAGAUGACGUCAUGUUCCUGGUCUCCCUGCUUGCCCGCCAGCCCGGGUGUGCGGAGUCCACGUGGCCAGGGCGGGGCUCUGGGGUGAGCCCUCCCCUGCCUGCUGGGAACACUAACCUUCUCCCUUGAGUCUGCAGCCCGCUGCAGGGUCUGAGCCCGGAGCCGGCCGCCGUCCUGGCCCCGGAGCCCCUCCCCCUCCUCCCGGGUCUCUUCUUCCUUGACCUCCACCGCCUCCAUCUCCAACUGGUAGUACGCCGUUCUCUCUCCUUUUUAAAAGAAUAUAUUUUAUCAAGCAUUCUUUUUGAGGUCGAGGGGUAACUUGUCUAUUUGCUGGAUUGGAUUUUUAUAAAACUUAGCCCGGAAACCGGCACCAACUGUGUUUACUCAGUUCACUCACUUCUACCUGCUUGUUUAGACGCUGCACUUGCUUUCUGAGUCAGCCCGGCCAGUGCUGUGUAAAUCCUACCCUCUAUUCAGCAGAUCCGACAAUCCUACCUCAAGCUCCCGCUCCCAGACGGGGGGUGGCCUGCGAGGCCGGCUGCCCCGCGUCUGCAGGAGCCGCCUGGUGCUGUGUUCAAGCCUCCGCCGCCCAGGCCCUGGCAACCACCUGCUCGGUGGAGUCGAGGUCUUGCCCCGUCCUCGUCGUCCGGCGGGUGGCUCCCAGGGCACUCCCGCAUCCCGCCCCGAAGCCCCGGCCAGAGCCCAGCAGGUGAUGCGCACGGCCCGGCGCCCCGACCGCCUGCCCCGUCUCCGCUUCCACUGCCCUUCCGUCUCACUCUUGGGCCACGGCCCCGGCAGCCUCGGCUUGGAGGGUAUGGAAGGUUCCUGAAGGUUGGAGGAACCAGAGGAGGCACAGCCUUCCCGGGGCCAAGGGAGCCGUGGCCGGCAGGGCCAGAGGUGUCGGCUUUGGGAUGUGUCUUUUGGGAAAGAUGAGCUCGUCGGUCCCGAGGUGGGCCGGGCCGGUGGAAUUGGCUCUUUUCGGUGGAGUCUGAGUGAAAGGCUGGGGAGCUCCCAGGAUCAUGGAAGCCGUGUGACCAUGCGGCCCUGGCCCUGCGUCUUCGGGGAGGAGCUCCUGGGCAUCAGCCUGGACUUGGUACCAGCCUUCGGAGAGCCAGCACCUCGGUCAGAGGGAGAUGGGAAAGGGAGAAGGGAGGCCUGUUUAGGGAGAACAUGACCUGCGGCUCAGAGAGAAGCCACCGGGACUCUCUCCCCACGGCCGCGGCGGCCAGAGGGGCUGUGAGUGGGGAGCCGGUGAGCACGUGCCUUUCCCAACUCCUCCAGGGGCCCAGAAGCAAUACGGCGGAUACUGGGGACCGCGUCAGGCUGUCCUACAGCCACCUCUUCUGUCCUCAGCACAAAACACCUUCUAGGAACCGGAACGGACCUCGGGGAGAAGGCAGGUCCGUGCGGCACACCCGUGUUCUUGAGGAACCAGCAGACUGAACAAGGGACUCGUCAACAACUCAUGGCCUUGGGUCACCCUCUCGAGAAGCCUGGGAUUCAGAGUAGAAGCGACAGGUCACGGGCUUCUCAUCUGCCAUUGAAUUUUCUGUUCCUUUACAAUGCGGUGACAUGUUUGUACAUAAAAAACGAUAUCAAGAUGAUGCUUUGGUCGGGCUGGCUGACGGAUAACUUGGUAUUCGUCUAUCAAGCAGUUUCAGUGAGAAAGGAAUUCAAAGUAAUUUAAAGUGUCAAGUUCCAUUAUAUUGUAAAUAACGCCCCCCCCCCCCCCCCC